AUGUCGACUUCACGCACCAUCACCAACUUCUUCUUCACGGACUGUGGCAACGGCCAGUUUUCCUGCAAGCAGUGCGGCAGAGCUCGAAAGCAGUCGCCAGGGACGGGCUACACCAACCUCAUGAGUCAUCUGGCAACGAACCACCCAGGGUUCAGGGAGACGUACGAGGAGAGUCAGCGGUCGUUUGGCCAGUCGCUCGAAGCACACGGGUUUGCUGAUCAGCGGACGAUGGAGAUUUUCAUGUGGAUGGAGUGGGUUAUGAACAUGGCACCGAGUGAGGUGGAUGACCCGAUGACGCGCGCGUUAGCUGCCAUCAAGCCGGUGUCGUCGAAGACCUUGGUAAAGUACAUGCGUCACGUUGCAAGCAAAAUGGGGUCGCGCAUUUCGACGGAUAUGGGAAACCAGUUCGGCCUCAUGUUUGACGGGUGGACUUCAGGUAUUUACCACUUCAUCGCCAUCUACGCCGUGUUCACGAAGGAAUGA